AUGCCUAUCAUGAAAUCGAUUUACAAAUGGGGUGAAAGCUUUAGACCAGAGUUUAUGAAGUUGGGUGGCCUUUUUGAAACAGCAGGACAUCUUGCUCUUACAGCAUCCGCUACACAGAAGGCACUCAAGGAAUUAGAAGUAAUAUUGAACUAUAGGGAUAAAACUCUUAUUAUCAGCAAUCCAGAUCGUCCUAACAUAUAUCUAGAGAUAAGGAGAAUACUCCCAAAUAUCCAGAAAGUUGACAAAUUGGAUGAACUGAUCAAACCGAUAGCUGACCAACUAUGUGAGCAUCAGAGCGAUUUUCCUCGUACUGUCAUAUAUGUUGCAAAUUUGGAGAGUCUUGUAUAUCAUUUCCGCUAUUUGGAGUAUGAACUUAAGGAAAAUGGGUACAAUGGAAUAAAUAUUCCUAAAAAUACACUAUUUGCUCAAUAUCACUCUGACUAUCCAGAAACUAUGAAGCAACAUAUUGCGAAGGACCUUUGUCAGAGAAAACCUAUAUUAAGACUGGUCCUAGCAACAGUUGCCCUCGGCAUGGGACUAAAUGCACUCUCUAUUAAGAGAAUCAUCCAUUGCCGACCACCAACAACUUUGGAGAAAUAA